AGGUGGUGAAGAGAGCCCUGCCCGAGGUUGCUCUGCAUAAGUCAUUCAUUAAACAGCCCUGCCUGCCACGCGUGUGAAGGUUCUGGGAAGGAGAUGCCGCACCUGGGCUAGGGGGCCCGGAGCUCCAAGCCCUGGGAUUAAUUCUUCAGUGAGGUUUCAUGGGAACAUGGCCUGCGCAGCACUCAACUGAAGAGUAUUAGGCGGCUGUAAAACCAUGUGUUCUGCUUUUGUCUGGAAUGGACUGUACAGAGAUGGAUUUUGAUGAGGACUACCAGUCCCCAUUUGAUUUUGAUACAGGAGUGAACAAAAGCUAUCUUUACUUGUCUCCUAGUGGAAAUUUGUCUCCACCCGAAUCACCUACUCUUCAGAAAUGUGGUCUGCUGAGAACAGACUCAGUACCUGAGGAAGGAGAAGAUGUUAUUGCCACGAUUCGUGCCGCUGAGACCCUAUCGGAGGAGGAGCAGGAAGAACUAAGAAGAGAACUUGCAAAGGUAGAAGAAGAAAUCCAGACUCUGUCUCAAGUGUUAGCUGCAAAGGAGAAGCAUUUAGCAGAGAUCAAGCGGAAACUUGGGAUCAAUUCACUACAGGAACUAAAACAGAACAUUGCCAAAGGGUGGCAAGAUGUGACAGCAACAUCUGCAUACAAAAAGACAUCAGAAACCUUAACUCAGGCUGGACAGAAGGCUUCAGCUGCUUUCUCAUCUGUUGGAUCAGUCAUCACCAAAAAGCUGGAAGACGUAAAAUUGCAAGCCUUUUCACAUUCCUUUAGUAUACGCUCCAUUCAGCAUUCAAUUAGCAUGCCUGCUAUGAGAAACUCCCCAACUUUCAAAUCAUUUGAAGAGAAGGUUGAAAACUUAAAGUCUAAAGUAGGGGGAACCAAGCCUGCUGGUGGUGAUUUUGGAGAAGUUUUGAAUUCAACUGCAAAUGCUAGUGCCACCGCCACGGAGCCUCUUCCAGAACAGACACAGGAGACCCCGUGAGAUUCCUACCUUUGUUCUGCUACCCACUGCCAGAUGCUGCAAGCGAGAUCCAAGCACAUCUUGUCAACAUUCAUUACCAUGAAUUUCCACCAGAUGUGCUUUUAUUUAGCUUUACAUGUUCCUUUGACCAAAUAGUUUGUGGGUUGUACAAAAUAAAAAUAUCUUCACCUCUACUCCUGGGAAACAUCCUUUAAUGUGCAUUUAAGGCCCUUUAUUUAGGAAACACUAUUAUAAAAACACAUGUAGUACCUGGGGACCCUCACUGGAAUGAUUUGAGAAGCUGCAGGUUAUAAUUUCUUUCCUACUUUACCAAACUUCUCUGGAUGUGAGAUGCCAGUUUAAUCUUUAUCUUCUAUAUGGUUUUCUUUUUUUCCUUUUUGAAUCUCUGUAUAUUUAAUUCCUAAGGAAAAUUUAUCUUAAAUUUUCUGAAUCUUAGCUAUUAAAAGUUUGGAAUAACUUUCUUUGUCUCCAAGGGAAGAACUACCAGCUACAAGAAUGUUUUUUCUAAACAUUUUUUUGGCAUAAGGUAUCUUAUAUUUUGGGUGUCUGAAGCAACCAGACUAAGUAAAUCACUUCUACAAACAAUUUGUUACAGUUUUAUAAGUGACAGUACAUAUAGUAACUCAAACUCUUAGGUGAUUUGAGAAUGGAGUCCUCAUAUCCUUGUUUAUUAAUAUAUAUGACAGUAACCGUUUCAGUGUAUUGGUUAUGAUGUCACUUACAUCAAGUUACUUUUCACCAAAUUCAGUUUUUAGUUUCAGAGUAAAUUGCAAAAUAAUUUUCUGAUUCAAGCAUAUUUUAUUAUGUGUAGGUUGAAAUAUAAGCACUCUCAUCAAAUGCUGAGUUCAAAAGCUUGAAAGUUUUUUUGAUUUAGGUAGCUAUAAAAAUGCUGGAGAUACAGUGCUGUCUUCAUUUAAUUCAUUUAGUACCAUUUAAAAUAUGCACACAAAGUUAAAUGACUAAUGUAACUUGAAAGGUUUUAUACCAAGGGGUUGGUGAUAACUGCUGAAGAUUAUAUGCAUUAAUAAAAGUCAACUUAUGGUUUACUACUUACUUGUUUUCAGUGUGUUAGAAAUUAUAAAAUGACAAUGUAGACAUUGCCCCUACCUUGAAAACAGUGUCCGGGCUGAAUGAACCAAAGCCUCUGGAAGCAUCUGAAUGGAGGCCAAGGUACUCUAUUAAUUCUAAUACUACUUACUCAUCACCACUACUUUUUCCUUAUGCUGUGUAUGGUUAUGGCUUACAAUGUUGUGUUUGUUAUUUAUCAAGUUGUGAUUUGUUCUAUUAUUGUCAAUGCCAAAUGUUAAUUGCCAAGCGUGGAGUGACCUAAAGCAUUUUUUAAGAGCAUGACUUAGCUUUACUUUGGGAUAAUAUAUCUUAUGAAAACCAAAUCUGAAAAGUCACAAGUUUUGAUUGUUGUAAAAUAACAUGUCGCCACUCUAGAUUGCUAAGAGCUUUGUCAGCACUUCAGAUGCAACUGCAACUAUGCUCUAUUACAUGUGAAAAGCUUAAUAAAUUCUGUAUAUCAGUA